GCUAGGUAGGUGGUGUGCUGUGUCGCGGCUUAGUGGAGGUGGUGGUGGUGUGUCGCGAAGUGUGUUAGAAAGGAAGGGAGGAUGAGCGCCGCGCAGGAAGAAGACGAGGUAAUAAGAGAAACGUGGGACCUGAGAAACGAGGAAAAUAUCAAGCAAUGUCAUAGCCCUCUAUUCAAAUCAUGGCGAUUCUGGACCACUAUCAUCGCAAUGUUCGCCACGGUGCAGCUCAUGAUGGCCCGCAUGAGCCUGUCCAUGGCCCUUGUGUGCAUGGUGGAGCCCCCGCCCUUGCCGUCGAGCCAGAUUUCUCACGGGGCAAACUCCACGGUGAGGCUACGAGAGUGUGGAUCGCUGCACGCCACGGCUGAACACCUCUUCGUCGACGGGGAGGAAGUGACGCCGCUGAAACAGCCCACCACGCGUGACUUCCACUGGAGCAAGACUUUGCAGGGGCACCUCUUGUCGAGUUACUUCUACGGGUACAUCAUUGGCAUCCUCCCCGGGGGUCUGGCCGUGGACCGGUGGGGCGGGCGGCUCUUCAUGUUGAUCAGCGUCAGUGCCAUCACAGCCACUAACUUCAUCCUGCCCGCAGCCGCCUACACGCACUAUGCCGCCCUCUACGCCAUCAGGGUGGUGCAGGGACUAGCUGAGGCACUGGGACUCAACGCUCACCAGUUCCUCCUGGCACGCUGGGGGUCACACCGGGACCUCAGUCUCCUCACCAGCAUCAGCUACGUCGGCUUCCCCCUGGGCGUCAUGCUGUCCCACCCGCUCGUCUCCACCUUGUGCCUCCAUGGGCCCUGGGGUGGCUGGCCCUCUGUAUUCUACCUCAUGGGGGCUGUCGGGGGCCUCUGGUGCGUCGCCGCGGCCUUCCUGCUCUACAACAACCCCGCUGCGCAUCCGCUAGUGUCCAAAGAGGAGAUUAGGUAUUUCCUCCGGUACGGCCCCAAUAUCGACCUGAGUGGGGAGUCGAGCGGGGCGGCGGCGUGGCGGCGGCUGGCGAGGAGCGGCCCCGUGUGGGCACUCGUAGGCACCGGCGUGUUUGGCAGCUUCGGUUACUUUGUCUUCACGCUGCACCAGCCGCUCUUCUUCAGGGACGUGUUCAACGUUUCUAUUGAGGAGAACGGUUUCAUGUCCUCGCUGCCGUGGAGUCUGGAGGUGCCCGUGUCCGUGGCGGUGGGCAUGGCGGUGGACCUGCUGCGGCGGCGGGUUGUCUCACUCACCACCACCAAAAAGUUCUUCAAUACCGUCGGCUUCCUGAUGGCCGGCCUGACGCCCCUACUGGUGGUGGAGAUCGGGUGUGCGUGGCGCUGGGUGGGCGCCGCCCUCCUGUUGCUGGUGGUGGCGGGGAACUGCACGGCCUUCGUCGGGGGCUACUACUAUACCCCCGUGGACCUGGCCGCGCCCUGGGCAGCCACCCUCUCUGGCCUGACGAGUACCUUCAUAGGGCUGAACGGCCUGGUGGCUCCCCUGGUUGUGGCUCACCUUACCCCCACGGGCAGCCGGGAUGAGUGGCGGCAGGUGUUCCGGCUGAGUGGGGGACUGUACCUCGCCGGGGCUCUUGUCUUCCUCGUCUGGGGGAGCGCUGAGCCCCUCCCAUGGAUUGCCAACUCCUCUUCUGCCUCAGCGCACCCUCCUGCUACUGCUGGUACCCGCCUCCAGCAGGUAGACAGAAAAAUUUCAACACAACGUCAGAGGAUGGAAAGUUCGACACAGACCCCAGUGAACAAGAGGGACACAGCCACAGCCACAGAAGAGGUUUAUUUGUGAAUUUAUGGUCUUCCAUCCUACGUGCAUAAAAAAGUAUACCCCAUAAUACCUUUGCUUCAAUAAUCUCAUUAUCAAAAUCUAAACACAGGUGAAAAUGUACAUAAUUACAUGGGAGACAAAUUCCAUUACCUUUCAUCUCAAUAUCAGAGGCUGAAGAAAAGGGACCCAGAAACACCUGCAGCCACUGAGGAGAUGUGUGUGUUGUGAACACUCCUCAUGUAGAUCUUUAUAACUAAUUACUUAAUUUUCUCGUAAUACUCAUCAGAAUGGUCAAACGGCCUGAAUGGCUCCCUUCUCUACCUUUAUGGGAGAGAAAAUUUGCAUAACGCAUUCUCCCUCACACUCCCUUAAAACAGUCAUAAAAUGUUCUGCCAUCUCCUCUCCCUUUCCCCUAUGUUUCUUAAGUGCCCAAGAGUGCCUUGCUUUACCCAAUCAAUCACUUCUGUUAUUGCAGUGUUCCACUCCCUCAGGAAUACUGCAAUGAUUUUUCAUGCAUGUCAUGCACAGCAAUUUAAUUUGAGUUUGUGCAAUCUUGUACUACCAUAUGCACUCAAGGGAUACCCCAUCUCAACUGCCUAGAUCCUCUUUCACUUUGUUAUAUGUAGGAAAUAAUGUUAUAAUGAUGACGAUGAUGGGCAGAGAUGGUAAUACAGCAAGUGUGGGAGGAGGAGGUGGGGAAGCCUUGUCUGGUACAGGGUUGAAUCUUUAUAAAAUACAAAGAAUACAUC